UUUUUUUUUCUUUCAUUAUUUUAAUUUUCUUUAUAUAAUAUCACGAACAACAUGUCGGAUACAUCAAUCAAUCAAGAAAGCGAAGAAAAAGUCAACGAAAAGGAUACUUUUUCUAGUCUUACAACGGAACAAACAGCUAAUAUGAACAAGUUUAUAGCCUCACCUCUUAAUUGCAAGCUUUUUGUUGAAAAACUCUCACCAAACCAACCCAGUGAAUGGCGAAAAGCUGAAGUAUUAUGGGCUCGAGAAUCCAAUGGUAAAAAUGGACCUAUACGAUAUGAAUAUUAUGUGCAUUAUGUGGAAUUCAACAAACGACUUGAUGAAUGGGUUCCCUUUGAGCGACUUGAUUUUUCACGUGGUGUAGAAUUCCCCAAACCUGAACAACAAAAAAAGAAGAAACAACAAAAUGAUCAAUCAACUACACCUACGUCUGGAGCUUCAACACCAAUUGGUAGCGGUAGGGCAACACCACCAGUAUCGGAACUCUUAUAUAGCAAGAAACGAGAUCGUGCAGGUCGAUCAACUACACCAACUACUCUACGUGGAUCAGCAUCGCCUUCUAGUCAGAAACGAAAAUUGGAAGGUGGUGAAAGCGAUGAAGGCAACAUAAUGGAAAAAGAGAUGAUGAUGGAUGGACAAGAAGAACAAGUGGUACUUGGCGCGGAUGAUGAAGAUGGACAAUCAGCAGUAGUGGCUUUUGAUGAACAACCACAAAGAAAUGGUCAUUUCUCCAAGGAUCAAGAAAUUGAAAAGUUACGGACAUCAGGCUCGAUGACUCAAUGUGUUAGUGAAAUAGCUCGGGUGAAAAACUUGGACAAGAUUCAGAUGGGACAAUUUGAAGUGGAACCUUGGUAUUUUGCACCUUAUCCUCAAGAAUAUGCUUAUUGUGAUACUCUUUAUAUUUGUGAAUUUUGUUUACUUUACUGGGCUUCUCAUCGACAAUUGGAACGACAUCGACGGCGAUGCCAAUUACAACAUCCUCCUGGCAAUGAAAUCUAUCGACACAAUGAUAUUUCCUUUUUCGAAAUUGAUGGACGAAAACAAAGAACAUGGUGUCGCAACCUAUGCUUAUUAUCCAAAUUGUUUUUAGAUCACAAAACUCUGUAUUACGACGUCGAUCCAUUCCUCUUUUAUUGCAUGACUCUGCGGGACGAUCGUGGAUGCCAUCUGAUUGGGUAUUUCUCCAAAGAAAAGGAAUCCUCGGAAAAUUAUAAUGUUGCCUGUAUUUUGACAUUACCUCAAUAUCAACGACAUGGAUUCGGAAAGUUACUGAUCGGCUUCUCUUAUUUGUUAUCCAAGGCAGAAGGACGGACAGGAUCACCAGAAAAACCACUCUCGGAUUUAGGACUCUUGUCAUAUAGAGCUUAUUGGACGGAUACUAUUGUGGAUUAUUUGAUCUCAGCCAGUGGGGAUGUAACGAUUGAUGAAAUAGCUCAACAUACCUCGAUUACAACACAAGACAUUCUUCAUACUUUACAAAACAUUGGUGCUUUGAAAUAUUAUAGGGGACAACAUAUUAUCUGUUUGGGUGACAAAGUUAUAGAACAAUGGGAACGAAGUAAAUCGAAACGAAAACGGGUGAUUGCACCAGAUAAGUUAGAUUGGAAACCACUUCAUUUCUCAGUAUCACAAUUACGAUUUAUGUAGAUUAGUUCUUUUGAUUUUUAUUAUUAUUAUUUUUAAUAAAAAAGAAAAAAGAAAUGAAAAUGGGAUGAUUUUUUUUAUUUUA